AUGUUCACGCGGGUGGCGGCUCGGGCGCUGGCGGGGACCCUGCUCGGCUCGGGCGCUCGCGUCGCGCAGCUUUCGAGAGGAACGUCGAUGGGCGGCGAAACGGCGCCCGCCACCGCGGCCGCGAUCGCUCGUCGAUCCCUUCAGCGCCGAGGGUUAUCGACAGAAUCCGCGUCCAAGGCCGGCGCGGAGGAGCAGGGCGUCAUGGCCACCGUCGUCGACACCGUAUCGACAAUGGGAACUGCCGUGGGAUGCCUCGUCGGCGCGACCAUCGGGGUGUCCUACUACACCCACUCGACGAAGCAGCUGGAGGAGGCGUUGGAGAAGGGCGAGCACGUGCCGGGCGCGCUCAAGGACACCCCGUUGAAGCAGGCCUUGGACUACGCCUUCGGACAUCUCCUGGAGUUCCGCCAGUGGGCCGACGGCCUCAGGCACCAGUACCUCGACCCCGUCAGCGACAAGCUCCUCCCCGAUCAUCCCCCCAACGCGGUGUACAUUCCGCACACCCUGGUGCUGGACCUGGACGAGUGCCUCAUCAAGAGCGAUUGGCGCAGGGAGCGCGGGUGGAGGACGUUCAAACGGCCCGGCGCGGGCGACUUCAUCAAGCACAUGGCGCAGUUUUACGAGGUCAUCGUGUUCAGCGAUCAGACCUCGAUGUACGUUGACCCCAUCUUAGAGCGGCUGGAUCCGCAGAGGUUCCUCGCCGGGCGCCUGGCGAGGGAGGCGAAUCAGUACGUGGACGGCGAGUACCUUCGCGACCUGACGAAGCUCAACAGGGACGUGGGGAUGGUCCUCUACAUAACCGCCAGGCCGAAGACGUCGAUGCAGCAGGAGAACGUGGUGCAGAUCAGUCCUUACAUCGUCGACAGCGAGGGGCGCACGGCGGGCGGCGACGGGCCGGACACGACGCUGCUGGACCUGAUGCCGUUUCUCGAGAGCAUCGUGAGGCUGAACGUGAAGGACGUGAGGGAGGUGCUCGCGUCUUACAAGCAGGAGCAGGAGGCGACGGGAAAGAGCGUGCCGGAGAUAUUCAGGUCCAGGCAGUACAGGUUUCAGAAGCAGCAGAGGCAGAAGACGGUGACCAAGCCGGCGUUUUCGAGGGGGUGGUAA